GCUGCGCGGCUCGGCGCGGCGCGGCUCGGGCAGACGAUGGAAGGAGCCAUGGCAGACAAGGACUCAGCGCGGGGCCGGCGGGGCCCGGAACCCUUCCGCGAGGACUCUGAUACUGGCCUUGGUGCAUGUGGAUGGAUCCUCGUGAUUGUUUCGUUUUUCUUCACUGUUCUUACCUUUCCGAUAUCUGUCUGGAUGUGCAUAAAGAUCAUAAAGGAGUAUGAGCGAGCCAUCAUUUUUAGACUUGGGCGCAUCUUAAAAGGGGGAGCCAAAGGACCAGGUCUGUUCUUUGUCCUGCCUUGCACAGACAGCUUUAUCAAAGUGGAUAUGAGGACUAUCUCGUUUGAUAUACCUCCCCAAGAGAUCCUCACCAAGGACUCUGUGACCGUGAAUGUAGAUGGAGUGGUUUAUUACAGAGUCCAGAAUGCCACCCUUGCUGUAGCAAACAUCACAAAUGCUGACUCGGCCACCCGGCUCUUGGCACAAACCACCCUGAGGAAUGUUCUGGGGACCAAGAACCUCUCUCAGAUCCUUUCUGAUCGUGAAGAAAUUGCUCACAGCAUGCAGGCCACACUUGACGAGGCAACAGAUGACUGGGGAAUUAAAGUGGAACGUGUGGAAAUCAAGGAUGUGAAGCUGCCAGUCCAGCUGCAGAGAGCAAUGGCUGCUGAAGCAGAAGCAGCCCGAGAAGCAAGAGCCAAGGUAAUUGCAGCUGAGGGUGAAAUGAAUGCCUCCAGGGCCCUGAAAGAAGCCUCCAUGGUUAUUAGCGAGUCCCCUGCUGCUCUUCAGCUUCGCUACCUGCAGACCCUGACUACCAUUGCUGCAGAGAAGAACUCUACCAUUGUCUUCCCGCUACCCAUAGACAUGCUGCAAAACCUCAUGAGUACAAAACACUAAAUUGUGCUGGAAGAAGGGAUCUUCUGCAGCGGGGGUUGUCUGUCAAAACAAAUUAGCUGUUACGGCUUCAGGUAAUGUUAGCAGAAUGGGGCUUUUAAGGCACCCUCUUUUUUGUGACCCUGAGCAGAGUAUGCGAUAGUGAAACAUAUUUAGUGUUCGUGAAUGUGAGCAAUCAAAAUCCUCUCCAAGUCCUAGAAACAAACAGCGCUUUUAAAAACAAACAUCUGUUUUAAACGUGAAAUUAUUUUAUUCUCUUGGGUGACGAUCUCUUGUCAUCUACAGGUCCCCUUUCCCAAAUGGUCUGGAUGACCGCUUUGGGUGAGGAAUUUCCUCUUGGAAGGGCUGUAAAGUAAUCCCAGAGCUGGAGAGGGGUUUUCUCUCACCAGCCACACGCUGUAUAGAGCAUUGCUCCAUUUCAGAAAGUGGCAUUGGCCCUGUGUGAGGAAAUGAAGCGUUUCAGCCACUUUCUGUUUGGAUUGUAGCCAUAUGAACUGGAGCCACACAUGUGCUCAUUCACUUCUGCCUGUUUCCUGAAGUAAUCAAACAGGGGAGCACAGGAUACUGGUAGCUCUGAAAAAUCAAACCAGUGUCAUCUUAAAAUCCAGUCUGAAAAAUCAGACCAAUGUCGUCUUAAUAUCCAGUCUCCCCUCUAUGAGAGGCAGCAGUUAGUCCAUGCUGCUGAAAUGAAAUUUUCACCCCUGCCUUAACAAUGGGAGAGGCAUAAACUCUGUAGUUAUGGAUCUAAUAGGCUUGUAGGCACUGAUAUGCUCUCCAGUCAUCAUGGUUGUGUGCCUGCUUGUACAGAUUAAUGCCUUUUAAAAAAGUUUGAAAUGUCUCCGAAUCUGCCUUUAUUUAUAUAUUCUCUUUUUAAAAGUACUGCUUUCUAAAAAAAUUAAAUAAAAUAGCAAUUUUUUUGUUUGUAAAUGGUAGCCUUUCAUAUUUUGAUUUUUAAAUACACUUGUUACACAGGAUUUGAAGUUCUGUAUCUGUCUUAAAGCUGACACCUGUUGCAAAUAUAGUAUGGUUUUUAAAUGGUCUUGUAUUUCAUUUUUUUAACAAAAGAUCUGUAUACUUUUCCAGUGUCUGCUAAAUCAGGUUAAUGAUUUUAUUUAUAUGUAUUUGCUAAGAAGGAACAUCUUACACUCCCAGUUAUAAAUUACAUACCCUUGUGUAAUGUGAAGAUUUCAUAAUCUUUUAUAUUUGGUCUCAUGUUAAUCUUAGGGCAGUGUAUAGUACCAAGUCAGUUGUUCUGUGUUCCUCUGAUAACUGUAAUAGCAUAGUUGUCGCAAUGAUUGGCACAUACCCAUAAGAUUAGUUUUAGGCCCCUUCUCAUAUGUCAGUUGUUUCCUUGUUUUCUGAGCUUCACUGAAACGCUUGCAGUUCAGGUCCCCUCUGCUCAACUCCUCGCCUGCUGCAAGACUAUCGGUUUCAUUUCCUGAUCUUUCGCUUCAGUGCUCCUUGCAGUCCUGCUAACUGAACACAACUGUCUGCCCUGACUGUAAACACAUUGCUACAUAAGUGAGAGCAAAUAGAAAAUAGAAAGUUCCCACAUUUUACAUACAUAACAUAGUUCGAGAAACAUGUUCUGUGAAUCCUCUGAUGUUCAUUUGCAUAAUCUGUUAAACCACUGUUACAUCUGUAAAAAAGAAUUACAGAUUGCGCUGAGAUUAUGUUGAGCCAGAUUCAGCACCGGAAAAAACUCCAUUGGUGGCAAGAAUCCAACUCCACUGAACUUGGCUUCUAGUCAUUAAGCACUGGGAGCUAGCAUAAAAAUAAAGGCAAAGUUGAUGGUGAUAAAUGGAUCAUGGAAGUGCCCUUGUACUCAUGCUGCCUAUAAUAAAGUUUGUAACUUAUCUAAUU